AUGGUCUCCGACACAUCACCGGCACAGAAAAGCUUCUACAGCACUUCUUCGCCAUGGGAAGCCAAAUUCGGGUACUACCGAGCUGUUCGACACGGAAACCACAUUUUCAUCUCGGGGUCAACAGCUGCGGACCCACACUCGCCGCCCGAAGCACCCCGUGUCCGAUACCCUGGGGAUGCAUACGCUCAAGCGCAGGUCACCUUUAAAGAGAUCGUACAAGCGAUUCAGGGUGUCGGGGGGCAAGGUGCCGAGAGCAUCGUGCGGUGCCGAAUGUAUGUGAGCCGCAAAGAAGAUUGCGGGGCGGUUGGCAAGGCCUUUCGGGAAGCACUGGGGAAAGAGAACGGGCCUCAAGUGGGUGCGGCGGCAACGAUGAUUGUAGUCAGAGAUAGCUUUGUGGAUGACGAGAUGCUUGUGGAGAUUGAAGUCGAUGCUAUUGCUGAGGAGAAGGAAUCAUGA